UAUUAAUAUAUUAUGUAAUUAAUUAAACAAUUAUAUUUAAAUAUUGGUAUCAUCAUGUUGAGUCCGAAGAUGCAAAAAUCAGUCAGAGUAAAUGACUCUCAAAUAUUAAUGCUAUCAGAACGAGCUCAUUAUGAUCAUUCAUUAUCGGGUUAUUUACAUAAACGCACUGCUGAUUUAACUAAAUGGCAACUUCGUUGGUUUGUUCUUUAUCAGAAUUUAUUGUUUUAUUAUGACAAUGAAGCUUUUUUACGUCCAAGUGGUGUCAUUAUGUUGGAAGGUUGUUAUUGUGAUCGGCUUAUUACGACAACUAACAGUGGAAAGGAAUCAGAAAAAAAGUUUUGCUUCGCAAUAUCGUAUAGACGAGAAAACCAACGUCAAUACGAAUUGAAAGCUGACACGGAAUCGAAUUGUAAAUUGUGGAUUGAUGCCAUCAGAGAUGCAAGUUUCAAUAAGCUUCUAUUACAAAAGGAAGAGUUGGAACAGAAACAUUUGCAUCUGUUACAAAUAGUGGAGAGCGAAAAAACAGCUAAAUGGCAAUAUACGCAGCAAUGCGAAGAGCUAACGUUCGAAAUUAAAAAAUUACGCUCUGAGUUAUGUAUACUGAAACGAGAAUUGCAAUCAAAUUCAAAAUUUACUAUCGUUUCAAACGAUAAUAACAAUAAUGAUGAUGAUGAGGCUGAAGAUGAUGAUGAAUAUUAUAACGACGAAGAUGAAGAUGAAGAUGAAGAUGAUGAUGAUGAUGAUGAUAAUCAUGAUCAUAUUAGUAGCAGUGGUAACGUUAGUACUUUGACUGUUGGUGAAAAGAAUACGAGUAACAUUAAAAAAGUCCAUUCCCCGUCAUCAACUAAAGUAAUUACUCAAACUACUUCUACUACUACUGCUGCAACUACCACUGCAGGUAUUAAAACUAAAAAUCGUCGUCAUCACCGCAGGCGUAAUUUAAUUAACGUCAAUGGUAUUAAGAGUACAAAUUGUUCUGGUGUAUCAUCAUCAAAUACUGCUGGUAUUGUAGAUAUGGAGAAAAUAAAAAAAGUUCAAAGUUUUUUUCGCGGGUGGCUUUGUCGCCGUAGAUGGAAACAAAUUGUUGAACAGUAUAUUAAAAGUCCCCAUGCUGAAAGUAUGAGAAAAAGAAAUAGUUUGGUAUUUCGAAUGGUGGAAGCUGAAGAAGAAUACACGGAUCAAAUGGAAGUACUUGUUAGUUGUUUUUUAAGGCCCUUUAAAAUGGCUGCUAGUUCAAAAAGACCGCCUUGUAGUCAUGAAGAUGUCAAUAGUAUUUUUUUAAAUAGCGAGACGAUAUUGUUUCUUCAUCAAAUAUUUCUCAAAGGUCUUACCUCACGUAUGGAAAAUUGGCCAACGCUUGUACUUGGUGAUUUGUUCGAUAUGUUACUUCCAAUGUUAUCAAUUUAUCAAGAAUAUGUCCGCAAUCAUCAUUACAGUCUUCAAGUAUUAACAGAAUGUAAACAAUCUUCGCCUUCAUUUGCCGCAUUAUUAACGCGCUUAGAAAAUAAACCAGCCUGUCGGGGUCGGUCUUUAGAAACUUUUCUCACCUAUCCAAUGCACCAGAUUCCACGAUACAUUAUUACUCUACAUGAAGUAUUAGCUCAUACACCUCAUGAUCAUGUAGAACGUAAAAGUCUUGAAAAUGCUCGACAACAAUUAGAAGAUUUGUCACGACAAAUGCAUGAUGAAGUCAGCGAAACAGAAAACUUGAGAAAAAAUUUAGCUAUUGAGAGAAUGAUUGUUGAAGGAUGUGAUAUACUUUUAGAUGUUAAUCAAGUAUUUGUAAGACAAGGAACGCUUGUUCAAAUUUUGGACAAAUCUCAUGGAAGUAGUAGUACUGGUGGAUUACUUUGGAGUAGAACAAGUGCGAUAACUUUUGGACGUAAAAAAAAUAAUAAUCAUAAUGGGGCACUGAGACAGUGUUUUCUAUUUUCAAAUCAUUUAAUUCUUACAAUACGACAACAGUCUGAUGGGGAUGAUUUGGGUCGAUUAACUAUUGUACCUGGUACUGGUAAAAUUCCACUGUGUGAUGCGAUACUUAUAGAGGAUCCGAGUGAACAAACUAUAUCAGCAGCUGCGGCAUUUGACGAUGAUGAAAUAUCAGUUUGUUCCUUAUCAAGUGGGUCAACAGCAUCAGCAGUAUUUAGUGAAAGUAGUAGUAUUUUUUAUGGCGGUAGCAGUAGUAGUACUGGUGGAAAUACUUCCUUCGGAAACCGUGAUUUUAAAAUUAUGUUAGAUACUAAAUUAGGUGGUCCAUUAGUUACAAUUCAUCUGUUAGCUCCAACAAUGCAGGAAAAAGCUGCAUGGAUUAGUGAUAUAAGUCAAUGUAUGGAUAACGUACACUUUAAUAAUUUACUUGGUCAUUCAAUAAAUGGCGGUGGUGGAUCUUUGUCAUCAUCUUCGUCGGACACAAGUUCUGCAGUGAUAAUGCCGCAUUCAAUAAAGAAUGACCCCAAAUUAUUUAAUGACGAUGUUGAUAUAAGAUUUAGCCAAACAUUAAACUCAUGUAAACUUCCUCAAAUACGUUAUGCAACACCUGAAAGAUUAUUGCAACGACUGACUGAUUUAAGAUUUCUCAGUAUUGAUUUUUUGAAUACAUUUUUAUUAACAUAUCGUGUUUUUACUGACAGUGUCACAGUGUUAGAGGCGUUGAAAAAAGUUUUUUAUAAUUCCGACUCUCCAGCUUAUUUGUCUUUCCCUACGGCAGAAACUUCUCACUAUCAUAAAAAAAUUCAAGAAGAAACUGCUGCUACAGCUGUCAAUAAUUCAUAUAUUUCACUUGAUAAAAUUAACAAUGAAACUUCUAAUAAAGAUCAAACAGCUUCGACUUCCGGUGCCAAUCAGCAUCAGUCCUCAAUGCUAGAUGAUCAAAAACAAAAUAGUUAUACAUUACGUAGAAUAAGCGGAGCUAGUUCUGUUUCCGGUUAUGAAUCAUCUGAAAUAAGUGAUUCGCGUGAUCAAGUAUUAGUACGUAGUAAUAAUUGUUCUUGUCAUCAUGAACCUAUUUUAUUAUUACCAAAGUCAUCAUCGACAUCAACAGCAUCAGCAUCAAAUAGUAACAAUAGUAAUUUUAAUUGUAAAUUAAAAGAAGAAGAUCAUCACCAUUAUCAUCAUCAUUCAGUAUCUAAAAAUGAUGAUUGUUUAAUUAAAGCUAAAAAUAAUAAUGGCGAUAGUAAAUCAGGACAAUCUUCAAUAGAUAAACAGCAACAAUCAUCGACUGCCAAUAAUUUUAAUGUUAAAAUAGACAAUGAAAAUGAUAGUACGCUAUCAAGUUAUCUUACAAUACCUAAAGCCAAUAUGACGGGUUCUUCAUCAAGUUCUGAGACAUUAACAGACAUGAUGGUCAAUAAUACUCCACCAUCAGCUCCUUCAUCACCCAGUAACAAAAGCUCUAUUACUUUAAUUGACUCUACUGGUUGUGGUAAUGCUGCUGAUAGUAACGAUUCAUCAAAAGGUUUUUUUACUGCCUCAAUUGAUGAUAGCCAUAAUUCAACACGUAAUGUUUCUUCGCCGGAUCAGAAGAGAAAAAUUGAAAUUAUUGAAAAAAAUUUUUCUACUAAUGAUUCGCAGUCAAAUUAUUCACCAAAAACUCCCACCUCAAGAUCGAAAUUUGCUGGCACUGUUACUGCUGAGACACCAAUUGGCUCUCAUAAAAAAUAUGACUCGGAUAAAAAUGAGUCAUGGACAGUCACUGUGACAUCGGAUGACGACAGUUCAUUAUCGUCACCAUUAAUUAAUCAAUCUCACCACAAUCGUCGUUAUAUUGAACAACAGCAACAACAACAUCGAGCAUCCGUUGUAUCAGCCCCACCGAUCGCUACUUACGACAGUCGUCGUAGUAGUGGAUCCAUUUCGACUAUCGUUGGGAAUUAUUGGACUGGUAGAAGAUCAUUUCAAGAGGGUACUGGUGGUAAAAAUUCAAAACUGUCAUAUGGGUUUCAAUCUACACCUCAUUAUCAUCAUGAUAUACCUCCACAAGUAUCUAGAAAAGCUGGAGUUGUUAUCACUAGUUCUCGACAAAGUCACAGAAGAAGGAGUACAUCUACUGCAGCAGCAGCAUUUGCCAUAGCGACAUCAGCUUCCAGUAACCCACCAGACAUUAUUAGCAGUAAAUCGUCUGAAUACUCAGGCGAUACCGCAAAUAGUAAAUUACAUCGUGUCGAUGGCCCGUGUAUUAUUGAUAGAAAUCGACGCAAAGAGCCUAUUUCUACAGCAGCAACUAUGCGUGUCAUAAAUGUCUUAAGACACUGGGUUUCUAAACACGCUCAGGAUUUCGAACUAAAUAGUGAACUUAGAAAUUUAACGAUAGAAUUUUUAGAGGACAUUGUAGACAACCCAAAUUUAUUACCUGCAGAGCAUAAGGCUGCUAAUCAAUUGUUGCGAUUGUUAAAUAAAGAAGAAUCUGAAAGUAAUAAAAUUGAUUUAGUCCGUUUGUUAUCACCACCGUCACCAUCGCGCACGAUACAAACUAAAGAAAAUAUUGAAACUCUGUCCGCACUAGAAAUAGCUGAGCAAAUGACUUAUUUAGACCACAAGAUAUUUAUAAAUAUUUCAAGCGAGGAAUUUCUUGGACAAGCUUGGAUGAAAGCGGACAAGACAGUUCGUGCACCUCAUAUUAUAUUGAUGACAAAAAGAUUUAAUGAAGUGUCUCAACUAGUUGUGUCAGAAAUCAUUCGAAGAUCUAAUUUAUCGGCCAGAGUUACUGCCAUUGAAAAAUGGGCCGCGGUGGCUGAUAUUUGCCGUGUGUUGCAUAAUUAUAAUGGUGUUUUACAGAUUUGCGCUGCGUUUACUAACAGCAGUGUUUAUAGAUUAAAGAAAACUUGGGAAAAAGUUUCUAAAACGACAAAACAAACAAUUGAAAGAUUACAGAAUAUUGUUUCAUCUGAUGGGCGAUUUAGAAACUUAAGAGACGCAUUGCAUCGUUGUGAUCCGCCCUGUAUUCCUUAUUUGGGCUUAUAUUUAACUGACUUGUCAUUUAUUGAAGAAGGUACUCCGAAUUUUACAGAUGAUGGCCUUCUUAAUUUCUCAAAAAUGCGGAUGAUCGCUCAUGUGAUUCGUGAAAUCCGGCACUUCCAACAGACGCCCUACAAAAUAGAACUAAUAACUAAAGUAACAAACUAUCUACUCGACACAACAUUACUUCUUGAAGAAGAUGAUCUAUAUCGUAUGUCUUUGGAAAUAGAACCGAGAACCUCCAGACUUAGUAAUGCAACUUUUAUUAGUAUCCCUCCUACCACGAGCAUUAUUCACAACAAUCAAACUUCAACAAAAUAAAUCAAAUUACUUUAUUUUUUACAAUCUCUAUAAAUAUAAAUAUAAAUAUAAAUAUCAAAAGUUAAUAAUAUACAAUCUUGAAAGUACAAUAAUUUAUAAGAAUUUGCCUACUAUACAAACUUUAAAACACUUGUUUUCCAUAUCUGCUGUUAUUAUAUUACUAUACAUUCUACAUAUAGCAAUUAUGAGUAAACCUGAUGAAUCGGGCUCCAUUUAUUUUUACAAUAAAAUAUAAAAAAAGAAAAAAAAAGUCAAUGAAUAAAAUUUAUUCAUUUUUUUCUUUUUAUUUAUAUUAUAAUUUUUUCCGUAAGCCUGCCCUGUAGAUACGAAUCCAAAUAUAGUAAACUUCAAAAUUUGAGACAGCCCGGGAAAAAAAGUUUAGAUCUGCCUAGAUCAAAUUUGAUAAGGUGUGAUCAAAUUUUAUGUAUGAACAGAUCUGAUUUGAUCUGGGCAGAUAUAGACAAAAUGCCGAUCUAAACUUUCUUUCCCGGGAGUUUUGAACUUUGAAUUGACAUUUUCGAACCUUUAUGUAGCCUUCUACCAUUAAAAAUUAAGAAUAAUAAUUAAAUUUGAAUUAUAAUUCUGUUGCACCCUAAUAUAUUAGGGUGAGCCAAAAAAACCAACCUAUCGAAUUUACGUCUUAAAAAGGACCUAUAUAUCGAGAAAAAAAUUCUCCCAUUGGGCAAAAUUUUUAGCUCAAUUUUAAAUAGUGUCGGUAGCCAUUUUAAAUUUCCUGUUUAAAUAACAUGCAAAAAUUUUUUUUUUUAUUAAAAAUAUUAUAACUUUUGAACCAUGUGAGACAAAAAUUUGGCUCUAGAAUAUUCUUGUAGGGCAUUAAAUUUCGUAAAAGAAAGUCCUGGGAGUCGAAUUUGUAAAUUUGAUAUUUCGUAUACUAACAGGCCAUCAAAGUCUAGAGUAAACAGAAUCAUACAAAUUGGAGGCUUUAUUAUUAAAAAUGUCAAUACUACGAGAAAAUUUGUUUUACAUGUAAUGCAAUGAAAUCACCAACAAUAUCCACGUUGUAACAAAUAAUAUUUUGUUGUCGAUCACAAUAAACGAAAAGAAUUUGGAAAAUCCAAAUAAAGCCUUAAAUUUGUAUGAUUCUGUUUAAUCCAGACUUUGAUAGCCUGUUAGUAUACGAAAUAUCAAGUUUACAAAUUCGAGUCCAAAGACUUUCUUUUAAGAAAUUUAAUGCCCUACAAGAAUAUUCUAGAGCCGAAUUUUUGUCUCACAUGGUUCAAAAGUUAUAAUAUUUUUAAUAAAAAAAAAAAAUGUUGGAAAAUCCAAAAGUGCACACCUCAAUCGCUCAAUUUAUUUUUAAUCAUUACUUUUAUUUUUAUAUAAUAUUAAUAUAUUUUUUUUUAUUAUGAACUUUUAUUCAACUUACAAAUUAUCAAUUUGAUUUUUUUAUUUUUAUUUCUUAUUUUCAGUUUAAUAUUUUUUUACUAACAUUUUUUUCUAAAUAUCCCGCCUUGUUUUGUCUUAAAUGUCGCUUUUUUUUUCAAACAUAUUGAUACGCUAGUGCUGCCACCAGUAGUUGAUAGAGAGAAACAAUGAAAAAAAUAAUAACAACAGUAAAAAAAUAGCAGCUAAAUUUUUCACGAAGAAUCAGUUUUCACGUUUUUUAUUAAUUACACCAAAACAAAAAGGAUUCAGAUAGUAAUUUUUGAAAGGGUUCUUGUGAUCAGAAAUACACAGAUAAUAAAAAAAAAAUUAAGUCGAUAAGUCUUGUUUUUCGAAAGUUAUCGUGUUUAGACGAGUCCGAACACCACAAUUGACGCACUGAAGGCUUCGGACUAAAUCAUUUUUUUUUAAUUAAUCACAUCAUUAAUCAAAUAAGGAUUGCAUUGAAAAAUUUUUUUUAAUAAAUUUCCUUUAAAAUGGUAUAUAUCAUUAACAACUUUGGUGUACUAUAAAGAAAGUAGAGAAAAUUUAAAGUCAGUGAAAGGGCCGAGAGUGAGAGAGUGACAGUAAAGCACACCUAACGCUUUCGCGAUUGAGGUGUGCAAAAAUUUUUGCAUGUUAUUUAAAUGGGAAAUUUAAAAUGGCUACCGACACCUUUUAAAAUUGAGCUAAAAAUUUUGCCCAAUGGGAGAAUUUUUUUCUCGAUAUAUAGGUCCUUUUUAAGACGUAAAUUCGAUAGGUUGGGUUUUUUUGGCUCACCCUAUAAUAUAUAUAUAUAUAUAUAUAUAAAUUUUGUUGAUCAAUAUAGGUUCUAUUACAAGGUGAAGUAUAUUUUAUAUAAAUUUUGUGUUAUUUUUUUGAAAAUCCGCAGUAGAAAAGAACAGUUACAAAGAACCUACAAAAAAAUACGUUUUGCUAUUUUUUAUGUUCAAAAAUCGGAGCCGUGAUAUAAAGGUUUCUCAAAUUCUUAUUAUUCCUUUCGCUUUUACACAGUCAUUAUCAUCCUACAAAUAUACAUUAUCUGUGAUUUUUGACAUAUUUUAGCUUUAAAAUUCUAUGUAUAAUUGUUGACGACAAAUCUUUAAAAACAAAAGUUAUAAACACACUAUUUAAUAUAUAUAUAUGUAUACUAUUAUUGAUUAUUGUAUUACAUAAAACAAAAGAUCAAUUUAAAAAAAAUGUUUGCGUGUAAGCGUUUUACAAACAAUAGAGACUCCUUGAUCUAUUACAUAUAUUUAUAAUUAAAAUAACAACUUAAAUUAUUAAUCUAAUUAGAGCGUCAUUUUUCAGCAAAUUUUUUUUUCUUUAAUUGAAAAUUUUUUAUGCUCUAAAAAAUUCUCCAAGCCUUUAAUCAGACAUUUCAAAGGUCACAUACUUUAUAACUGCGCUAUUUAAAAUAUUAAAAAAAAAUUUCUUUUUCUCGUCAUUAUAAUUUAUAAUUAUGUAUGAAAUUUUUUCCAACCUUAUUAAAUAUACACUAUUAUAGGACAUUAGAUUCUCUAUAAAAAAAGUCCUUUGCGUCAAUAUAUGGAAGUUUCUUUAAAGAAACUUAAUUUUUUAUUUAAAUUCCGAUAAAAUCUCUCACACCGUUGGAGUUUUCACGUUACAUAUAUCGAAAGUAAAUGAGUAUUUUAUCGAGAAUCACGUGGUCCACAAAAAGAUUGGAAGAAUCAAUUGAUAUUUUAAUAAUUCAAAAAGUUAAAGGCUUUUCAAAAUUAUAACAUAAAUAAAUAAUUUAAUUGUUUUUUUUUAAAGCGCGGUAUUUUGACUUGUGAAACUUUAUGAUGAGUUCUGAAUAUUUCUAGAUGAAAGUAAAUAGAAAUGCAAGAGAAGUUUUUUUUUUUUUCUAAAGAGUGAUUAUAAACUUCAACGCUAACUUUUGACAUUCUAAUUAACUCAUUAACGUCCAUAGAAAACUCAGCAGGGAUAAAAUUUUUUAGAUCUCAGAAAUACUUUAGAAGUUGAAAAAGAUAAAUUUUCUCUGUAUAAAAUAAAUAUUUUUAACACGAUUAAUUAUUUUCAAACAAAUAUGAUAAGAAAAUUUUAUUUCAAUCAUACAAUAUGGGAAAGUUGGGUAAAAUGAGCUGUGAAAAAAAAUGGAUCCCAUAAAUUUUUGUAAAAAAUUUUAACAACAGCAGCGACAUCAUGGAGCGAUGAGGGCAACUUUAAAUUAUUUUCAAAAAAUUUUUGAAUCCAAAAUCCAUUAUACAGUUUUCAAUUAAAAAAAAAAAUAUGAACGUGUAAAAUACAUCAUUUCAUUUUUACAUGAAAUAACCUGGUGACUGAAAAUGUUUUUUCUCAGAUGUUUUAAGAACCGAAUAUUAAAAUUUAGUUGCUAAUAAAACAAUUUUUUUUAACCGCUAGAAUAAAUGAUUGACAAUAAGAAAUUAUCAUUCUCUAAGUUUUCCAUGGCGGUAAUGUGUUAAAUGUACCCUAUAAAAAUGAAUUAGUGAAAUUUACUGCGAAUCAGUGGAUAGUCAUCACUUCUACAGCUAUAAGUAGACCACUAAUUCAACCAGUGGUAUACUUAUAGCUGAUUCGCAGUGGAUAUCCACACGGUAAGAAAUAUUUUGCGGAUAUCACUAUGCCAGUAUGGGCGUGAACGCCACACUGCACGGAAAAAAAUAGAUGCUGCAACAGGACGCCAAACUGUGGGAGCAAUAGGACAAAAUCCUGUUGCAGCAUCAGGAUUUUUUCUGUGGAAUAAAUAGGAUAAGGAACAAGUUUCAUGUACUAAUUUUUUUGUCCGUAUAGUGAAAUUUCCAAAUUAAAAAAAAAAUUCAAAGUUUGGAAAAAAUAAAAAUUUGUUUUCAAAGUUGAUUUUUUUUUUAAAUUGAAAUUUUUUUCAAAUUUGGAAAUUUCAUUAUACGGACAAAAAAAUUACUACAUGAAACUUGUUCCUUAUCCUAUUUAUUCCACAGGAAAAAUCCUGUUGCUGCACCUAUUUUUUUCCGUGUGUAUAGUAUCGAAGAUUUUUAUAGGUUAUAAAACUGUAUGCAUAGAUGAUUCAACCAUUGCGGGAAUAGUAACAUUGGCAAUAGUUAUCGCGGACGCCGCAAUGUCAGUAUGGCCGUCGAGCCCUUACUGUAUUGCCGUAUCCACAUUGCUUCUAGCCGGUAAACCUAGUCUAACGACAUCUACAUAGUUUUAGUGGUAAUACGAUAGUAUAUAUUGAUUGACACGCCAGAAAUUAUGGCGGGAAAAACUAGUAGCAGUGUGUCUUCGGCAUUGUAGUAUGGGUCUCAGGGCCAUGCUGUUUCGCCGUGCCUGCUAUGCAUACGUGUGAGCAAUACAAUAGCUCCAGUACUAUACAGUAUAGUAAAUAACGCCAUACUUCUGGGACUCGUUACAAUACUGUCUUGGAAUAUUUCACAUACUAUUUUAGUAUCUGUCUUGAGACCACACCAGCAUGGUGUAGAACGCCAUGCAUUUCUUACCGCACACUAAUUUGCGGUGAAUUUCACUAAUUCAUUUUAAGAGACUACACGGAUUUUUUUUUAAAUUAUAUCACCGAAAUAUUUCACAUAGUGAUUGCUGCGAAAUGACACUCAAGUAAUAUUUAAAUAAAAGCGAGAUUCUUUGUUAUUAAAUAUAUAUUGCUCAAACGAUAUUAUGUAUAUAUUUUUAUCGAUUGACAAUCAAAAUAUAAAUUUGAAAUAAAUAUUCAUGGCUGAUAGCUGAAAAAAGAUUUGAAAAAAAAAUUAAAUAAAAAAUAUAAAAUAAUUAUUCCGACUUUAAAACUGUUGAUACAUUAUAUAUAUUUAUAUUAUCCGUUGAUCUCCAAAAAAAGUGUAUUGAAAUUAUUCAUCUGUGCAUAAAUAAACAAUAUAUAUAUAUAUAUAUAUGUAAAUGAAUUUAUAUAGCUCUAUUUAAAUAUCACAUUAUGACAUUUUAAAUUACUGAAUAACAUUCAUAAAUAUAUAAAUAUUUAGUUGGAGGGUAUUUUAUUAUAAUUACUGAGAGCAAUUAUUAAAUUUUACUCAUGACCAUUCUAUAAAAUAUAUUUCGUAUUAAAUAAAAAAAACAAAAAAAAAAAUAUCAAGAUUGUAAGCUGCCAUUUUCAUGGGUAAAAAUAUUUACUGAUAAAAUGUUUAUGGAUAAAUUGUUACUGUAUUAUUAAAUUAUAUAACUUUUAGUAUUUUUUUUGCUUUUGUAAUUUGUUUUUUUAACUUUAUAAUUGAGUGCGUGAAAUACUUCUAUAUACGUAAUGAUGAAGCCUAAAAAUAAGGUAAAAAAAAGUUAUUACAUUGUUUAUUAAAGUUGUUGAAAAGUUUAAAAUAAUUGCGAGUGAAAUAUAUAUAGCGUGUAUCAUAAUUAAUUAUGGUGAGUAAUUAAAGUGAAUGAAUAGUAGCUGGAGGAGUUUGGAAGUUUUAUGAAAAAAUGAAUAACAGAUAUGCUAUAUUGAAGAGAAAAAAAUGAUAUUAUGAAUGUUUGAACUAUGUUGCUAUAUGAAUAUUAUUAACUAAGGGUAUUCUUCUAUUGAAAUGAUCGAGACGUGGUUAGUUAUAAUUGAUAAUUUUAUUCAGUUGAAAUAAUAAAUGAAAAAAAUAUUCUAUGUACAUACUUUAUGUUUGGUAAUUUAUUUUAUAAAUUAUAUUUUAUUGGUAUUUAAAUGAGUGAUUCUGCCAUGCUUGUGGUACUAUAAAUUAACAGAACAUAUAGAUGCCAGUUAAAUUGCGGGCAGAAUUAUUUUCAAUAAAAACAAAAUUUAUAAUUGAAAUAUAUGGGUAUAAUUAUCGAGGAUUAAAAAUGUAACAAAAAAUUAAUACGAUUCAAAUGACGAGUUUCAAAAUAAAGUUAAAAAGAUUAAAUGUUUUUUUUUUUUUACAUAUUGUUGAUUUAAAAAAACAGAGCAUCUGAAGUAAAUAAUUAUUUACAUCGCGAUAGUGAGUAGUGAGUAUGAGUAUAAUACUUGAAGAAUUUACUAAAUCGGUAAAUAAAUGAAUUUAUUUAACUGGUGUCAGUGCCAAGAAAACUGUCCCGAGAUAAAUGCUGCGGCGUUUCUUUUGUUCUAUUUACUUUUACCCGCACUUGAGUCACUUAAAUGUCUAAUUAAAUCUACACUUUUAGUUAUUUGUGACCGAAAAUUUGCCACAACAUUAUUUAAAUUUAGUACAGCGUAAAUGUAAAAAUAUAAGAAAUAACAGAUGUAACCAGUUUUUAUAAAAAUGUUAUAGCCGUUGCUUCUUGACUGUCACUUCCGCUCGUCUGCUUUCGUCCGAUGAAUUUAUUCUUUUAAAAAUUUUGUGAAAAAAUUUUCACUCCUUAAAUCUUUUACCAUAAAAUUAUAAGAACAACAUUUUUUUUUUCUUUUCAUUUCAAUAGAAGAAUCCCCUGAUAAAAAUUUAUUUUAUUAUUAUUUUUUUAAUUAUCGUAUAAUAGUAAUUGAAUUAUUGUAUUGGACCAAUUAUUUUAUGUACAAUCUCUUGAUUCAUAUCACUUAAACCGAUUAAAAUUUAAUUCAAUUAAUCUAUAAAGUUUAUCAGAAGCAUAUUGAAUGUUGAGUCUAUCAAAAAUGAAAUCAUACAUCAAACUACCUCUAUACAUUUUAUUUCAAACAAACAAAUAAAUAAUAAAUAAAGAUUAACGUUAUUAAUAAAAUAAAUUAAAGAUGUGAUCACUUGUGUAAGUGUAUAUUAAUUGAUCAAAUAUUAAUUACAUAAAUUACACGCGAUACGAUGUUAAAUAGAUAUGUUAAAUGUAUUUGUGAUGUAUAACACACUCGGGUUAUUAUUCAUUGCACGUUUUAUUAUAAAAAUAAAUAUGUAAAAUAUACAGAUGAACAUAGGUGCACUUAAAAAGAGAUUAAAGCUUUGAAAUAUUUCAAUUAAAACAGUCCAGCACCACAAAUCUAUAUGCGUGACUGAAUACAACAUAUUAAAUGUCAAUUUAAAUUAAAUCACGUGUGCAUUGUAAUUGUAAAUAAUCGAUUAUUUAUGAAAAUAAAUAAAUCCGGUUAAUGAGUUAUAUAUUAUUAAUAAAUUAUUGAACAUUUAUUUGCAUGCGCCGCGGUUGAACAAUCUUUAAACUAUUUCAAUAGUAACUCAAUUUUGUUACUACACUGUAAAAAAUCAGGAGUGAAUUCGGAGUGAUUACGGAUUUUGUUUCAAUUCGCAUUCACUCCAAUUUGGAGUUUUAAUAUUCAAAUAAACUCCCUUUAGGAGUUAAUUUCACUCCGAGGGAUUAAAUAAAUACGUAGUCAUCCGCCCGCAUUCACUCCGGAUUUAAUUCACGUUUACUCCGCUAUUUUUUACAGUGUACAUAAAAUAUUUCAUUAUUAUGAAAAUCUGUUGAUCUAAUAUUAUAGGUACUUGAAAUAUCGACUAAUAAAAAAAAAAAAAAAAAAAAAAAAAAAAAAA